AUGGCGUUCCCCUUCUUCCCGGAGAGCCACCGGGCCCUGAGCCUAGAGAAUUACAUUUACAUGCGACAGCGCUGCGAGCGUCGAAGAGCGGUACACAAGCACGAGCAGAAGGAUGCAGAGCACAUAGAGCAGAUCACCUCCUCGUCAAGCGCGGAACGAUCGUCGUUCGAGCAGGCAAGCCUACAACUCCAGCGAAGUGGAAGUGGAAGUGGAUCGCAGGGCGACAGGCAUCCUUCAAGACUAGCCCGAAUUCUCAUCCCUGCUAGGCUUCGAAGGACAAGGUCUCUAGAGAAUCGGAAUGGUCCAAAUGAUAAUGAUUGCCAUAGUGACCAUGUCCUUUGCAUCUCACCCACCUCAACAGCUACUCGACUAGCCACGUCAACAGGUGUUUCACCCUCAACAAGAACGACGACUCCCACCACCGAUCCAGCAAAGCACAUCUUUCGUUUAUACUCCGCUCGCCUGACAAACCCUUUCUCUCCUCAUUUCGAACUAAAUCCCCUUCUCCUCAACAUCACUCAGCCUCUUCUCUCCAAGCAUCACUCGAGACGACGUAACCUCAGGGUUCUUGAUCUGGGCGGUAUUGAAGGCACCUCCUUCAUGCUCCUGCUGACUCCCAAAACAACAGGUGUGUACACGCAGACGCUCGCUACUCUACCACACGUUGCAAUAUGCCAGCUCCCACAACAACAGCUACCCACCAAAUUCCCGCCCUAUCUACCGUUCAAGUCAAAGAGCUUCGAUGUAAUCACGACGAGAACGCUCUAUAAAUUCCUCGCGAAUACCAAUCGAUCACGAAAUCCAGAGCCAAGAUCUUGGGUUCGAGAGAUCCACCGCAUCCUGGAUAAAGGUGGUCAUUUCGAAUUUUUUUCUUUGACUGUCAACUCAGUCAUGCCGGACCGCUUACAAGAGAAAUGGAGCCCUGUCUCUACCAGGAUCACCAAUUCUGCGGCUGCAGGCAAAUUUAUGAGGCGUGCACCUGCUCACCAGCAACUCCAACCUCAGAGGCUAUGA